AGACGAUCUCGGUAGCGCGCUUCGCUCCGGUGCUGUAGGUGGCAGCAGAACAAUGCAGCAUUUCCUGUGGAGCCGCACAGUCACAACAAGAGGAGGAAGAGGAAAAACGACAGCUCUGGAUCGUCGUCGACUGCCUUGCGUGACAACACAGGGAAUCGCGUUCAGGCUUCGGGUUGCUCCAGUUUGUCCUGCAACAUGUCUGAUUUACUAAGAUAUAUCGACUAUGACCACAAAGCCACCUUUCUGAAGAUGCUCAACCAGCAGAGGUUGGAAGGUGAGCACUGUGAUGUGGUGGUCGUGGUGGAAAACAUAGAGUUCAGGGCUCACCGCUGUGUCUUGGCCGCCUGCAGCAACUAUUUCAAAAAGCUCUUUAAGAAACAGAGCGACGAGGACAACUCCAUCGUGGAGUUGGACUUCAUCCGUUCGGAUAUCUUCGAGGAGGUGCUUAAUUACAUGUACACAGCCAGGCUGGCUGUGAGGAAGAAGGACAUCAAUAUGAUGAUGUCGUCUGGUCAGAUCCUGGGCAUCAACUUCCUGGAUAACUUGUGCACCCAGAAACGCGAGCUGACCAACAUGAAAACGCGGGAAAACCAGGCUCCGGGUGACCAUGGGAUGAGAGCUCAGGAUGCCAUCCUGAAGGAGCUGGCUAUGGAGGAGGUGAGGAAGAACAGCUUCUAUGAUCAGGGGAUGGAUAGCAUGGGGCCCGGUGGCUCACACGUGUCUCAGCCGCACAACUAUAACACCAACAUGGGCAAAGAGCCGCACAGCCACACCUGGGGCUCAUCGACCUCCAGCGACAUGAAGCUGGAGUACCUGCUGUAUGGCCACCGCGACCACGGCUCCUGCCAGAGCACGGGAGCAAAGCCCAUGGACCACAACGCCAAAAAGGAGAGGCUGCUCACCGCCAACCGCCCCUACGGCUGUGAGCACUGCCCCAAAGCCUUCACCACUGCCGCCCACCUCAAAGAGCAUCUGAAGAUCCACUCCGGUUUCAAGCCACACCGCUGCGUGGUGUGCGGCAAGGCCUUCAUCAGGGGGCCCGACCUGAAGAGGCACGAAAGGGUCCACAGCAACGAGAGGCCCUUCGCGUGCCAAAUGUGCGAAAAGGCAUUCAAGCACAAGUCCCACCUGAAAGACCAUGAACGGCAGCACCGGGGCGAGCGUCCCUUCAACUGCGGCUCCUGCGACAAAGCCUUCAUCAAAGCGUCGGAUCUGAAGCGCCACUGGAACACCAUGCACAGCGCCAACCCCCGCAGACAGAUGUCGCUGUCUCCCGCCGCCUCCCAGCAAGGCCAGGGAGACGCCACCGACCAGAGAGACUGGAAAAUGGAGACCGGGCUACACUCGCAUAACUCUGGGGACUGUUGAGCCUGCAAGCACACGUGCAUACACUCACACACAGACACACAUACUGACACGCAGACACACUUACAUACAAAUAAAUAUGUAUACAGACUGACACAACCACAAACCUGUGACAGGCUGCGUGGCCUGACAUCACAUGAACAGCAAUCGGAGUGAGUAACAAGAGAUCAUAGCAUGUUAAUAAGACUGUGGGGCUGUAUUAUUAUUCUAAAGAGUUAUGUCAAAGCGAUGUUUCCUUUCCACCUGUAAAAUCAUGUAAAUGUUUAGUUCACACUCUACAUAUAUUUUUCACAAAGCAUUGUUGCUAUGUAGACUGAGGGUUCUCAUAACAUUAUUCUCUUUUACUUUAAUGGGAUAUGUAACAUUUAAAUGUUUGUUUAACCUUUACUGGAUUUUAUGGAGAUGAAACGAGAGAGUGUAAUAGAGAAAGGGGGAGGGCGGGGAGAUAUUUCUGCAUAACAUUUGUUGCAUUGAGUAUAUUCACGUGGAUGUUUUUAAUGGCUGUGUUUAGUUGUAUUGAUUGAUAUUACACUGUAAGAGUAAGAGUCACCAUUUUGCAUUCAGCGCAGAUGAUACCAAAGUCUUGGGACUCUUGAUGGAUCGCCUUUAUUGAGGUUGUCCUGCCCAAGCAACCGGCCAACUAGAUUUACUGUUAUACAGUAUAACUGUCAUCCAGCUAUCAACAGUUAAUGAUAGAUGUCUGUAUAUACUGUAGCUUAGUUUGUUGCACAAUUAGAGUACACAAUAAUGAAUUAUGCACAUAUAACAUUGUCCUACUCCAACACUUUGACAAUAAACACCAUUUGCUGUGUUUUA